CGGGCUCAGCAGCGGAGAGAGCGGAGCUGCGAGGCGUUAUCUCCGAGCAGGCGGGGGGGCCGGCGGGCGCCAGGCGGAGCGCGGGCGACCGGGAAGCUCGAAGGGCAGGUGGCGAGGGCGGAACGCGCGGCCCGGGGCUGCGGGGCCGAAGACCGAGGCGGCGGCGAUUUCUCUUGGAGGAGCCGAGGGGACUCCGCCCCUGACCGCGCUCUGCCUCACGCCAUCGCUGCUUCCCCGGGGCCCGCUGCGGACUCGCCUCCGUGAAGUGUCACGAUGUCUGACCGGAAGGCAGUGAUCAAGAACGCAGACAUGUCUGAGGACAUGCAACAGGAUGCUGUUGACUGCGCCACGCAGGCCAUGGAGAAGUACAACAUAGAGAAGGACAUUGCUGCCUAUAUCAAGAAGGAAUUUGACAAGAAAUACAAUCCUACCUGGCAUUGUAUCGUGGGCCGAAAUUUUGGCAGCUACGUCACACAUGAGACAAAGCACUUCAUCUAUUUUUACUUGGGUCAAGUUGCAAUCCUCCUCUUCAAGUCAGGCUAGGUGGCCAUGGUGAAGGCGUCAGUGGCGGUGGCGGCAGCGAUGGCAGGCAGGCGGCGUUGCUGGGACUGUUUUGCACUCGGGGCCAGCACCAGGAUGUCCUCUCCAAUGGCUGUGCUACUGCAUGGACUGUAUACUCGAUUUCAUGUGUAUGUCGCAGUAAACAAAACCAAACUUCUUUCUGUUUAGUUGCCUGGGGAAGAAGGCUGCUUUAUGUUUGAUUUUUCAAGACUUAAAAAAAAAUUUUUGGUUGUAUUGCACUAGGAAAUCUCUCCCCACCCCUCCCUUUUCUCUUUCUCUCCAUAUACAAAAUAAAAAGCCCUUGACAAAGCCUGUGAAAGGCUUUGGGAAGGGCUAAGGAAAAGAAAUAGGUCUCUGGAGGUGGAACUAAAACUGUGCAGCUGCCUCUUCCUGGUGGCGGAUGCUGCUUUAGGAGGGCUAGGGUGAGUGUGUGGGGACAGUGUUACGGUUGGCAAGGAGAGAGGGAUAGGAAGGAGGGUGGGGGAAUUGAUUUAGUACCAGGGAGAAUAUUCCACUGAACUGUGAUUCUGCGGUUUGGGGCAAAGAUGGGUUGGGGGAGGAGGGUGAAUUCUUUAAGGAGCCCUAAGAUGUGUUUGUCUGUGUUGUGUGGGAGUGGGGAGCAGACUAGUCUUGCUGUCCUUGUCAGAAGAAUUUCUAAGUAAGGGCUGUGUCUUUGUGGAUUACCUUUUAUUCUUGCUCCAAAUGCUCAUGCUAGAAGGAUGUUGGGGGUAAGAUUAGCUUGGUUUUUCUCUUUUCAUUCUCUUUUCUCUUCUCCUGUCUGCCCCCUGCUUAGCCCUCAGUUUUCUCAUUCCUCUGGAGUUCUCUUAGCGCAGCCCCUGUUAGUUGGCUGGCAAGGGAAUAGCUGGUGACUGUAGUUCUUUAGUUAGGUUUUAGCGAUCAAAUCAAUGUAUCCCUUGAUUUGCCUUGUUUGUGUUAGUGUUUGUGUGUGUUUGUGUGUGUGUGUUGGUGCAGGGUAGAAGGGAGGGAGGGGCAGGAUGGUGGAAUCUCUAGGGUGUUAUAGGUAGGUAGGAGGCAUAGUUAGUUCUAAAUGGCCCUUUAUGUUAAAAAAAAAAAAAAAAAAAAAAAAAACCUCUGGAGGUAUCUGUUUCGAGGGUAAAGUGAAGACAGGUGUCACCCUUUCUGCCAUCUGGUCCAGAUGCUCUGCUUGCCCUGUGGCUGGCUGCUCCCUGGGAAGGCUUUAAGAGGACAACCCAGGAUGAGAUGGCGGUGCUGCUGUCUGCCUGGAGCUAGGUCUCAGGGGAAAGGAAAAGGGACUUCGUGGACAUUUCCAGCCACUGGUAGGAGGUGGGGAUGGAAGUGACAAAGGGCUGAGAGGGGCUUUUGGGGAACUUUGGAGGAGGUCAGUCUUGGAGUGAUGAAGCUAUAUGUUUGGAGAUGGAGCAGGGUGGCAAGUGGAAGGAGAUUCCUAGGAGAAUACUGGGGAAAUCUUGUUUGUUGAAACAGUGAUGGGGUAGAGUUUGGGGAGAGCAUGGGGGGAUCAUUGCUGAUUGAGCUGCUGAUUCUUGUGAAUCACAUCAAAACUCUCAUGUGUAGGGUAAUGCUGUUGGGGGGUAGGGGGUGGGUGGUGUCCAGCUCAUUCUUUUUUUUUUCCCCUAAGUCCAUUGUUGGGGAUGGUGGGGAGGCAAGAGAAUGCCCCUCCCCAAGCCCUUAGUGUGUGCCGAGCUUUCUUUUCAACAGGAGGGAGGGUGGGGACCGGGGUGGUAACUGAGUUCCCUAUAUGUAUCCAGCUUCCCCUCAGUGGGCAUUGUCUUUGGCAGAUUUGAGUGCUUGAUUUUAGUUUUAGUUUUGUUUUGUUUUUAAAUGAAUGUCUAAAUCUGUGUUUCUCCCUGCCCUCCCAGACUUGUGUGGCUAGUUGGAAAUGUCUGGUUUGUUUUCAUCUCUCUCAUUUCUGGAGCAGGGGCUGAGGCCCCACCAUCUCCUAUGCUCUGCAUCCACGCCUCUUUUGGACAUUAAAGGUCGAUUGAUGCAUUUCUGA